UUAAUAUGGUUAAUGUUAAUCUGACUACCAUAACAAACUCUAUAAUGUUGCAGUUUCAUUUCUGCAUUUAAAUGCAAUUGUACACAGUUGAAUUAUGGUCGUUAGUCCUAUUAGCAGCACAAACAUGAAAUUAUGAAUGAAAUUAUUUUAUUAGUAUUUAUUAGUUUCCUAUUAAUUGUGCAGCCAUAGUAAUUUGUAGUAAUAGUUUUUUAUAUUUUGUUCACUAUGUGAUUAUUUAAUGUUUUCCUUCAAGGGGUGCUGAAUGCCACCAAGGCUGCAUUUGAUGCAGUUUGCCCGGAGGAUAAUGGAGGAUGGCUAAGAAAAUGUGUGUCUUUCGGUGCAGAUGGGGCCUCUGUUAAUAUGGGUACACGUGGGGGUGUGAUUGCCCACCUGCAGAGUGAGGCAGGGAGCCAUAUAAUCCCAAUCCACUGCAUGCCACACAGACUGGAACUUGCGAUACUAACCCUACAGAAGACAGAACCUAAGGUGGCAGUAGUCUAUGAUCUCCUGCAUCUAAUUUGGAAGACCUAUCACUUUAGUGGCAAGUCAAAACGAGAGCUCUACAAUCUCGGACAAGAACUUGGAGUGGACAUCUGCAGUCCCAGCAGUGUCAAGGGAACUCGAUGGAUCCCCCACAUACACAGAGCUUUGAAGGUGUUUCUGCGACAUGGACAGGGCAAAGACCUUGCCAGUGACCCAGAUCAAUACUCUGUGGUUCUUCAACAUAUGGAGCAUCUGGCAGCCUCAGCAUCCACAUCUAGUGAAGUUCAAGGACGGGCAAAAAAGAUAAAGAUGAAAAUGGAGAGUACUCUUUUCUGUGUAUUUUGCCACUUUCUUUGUGACCUGUUUGAGGAGCUAGCUACUCUUAGCCUCACACUACAGAAGAAUGAUUUGAUCCUCCCCCAAGCCACCUCAGAAUUGAAAAAAACAGUAACCAGACUGGAGGCACUAAAGAUAAAUCCAAAACCAGGUGGCCUGCUUGAGAAGGUCCAGACCUCAUUUGCUCAGCAGCGGGGUGAUGAAAUGAGCUUCCAGGGAAUGAAACUGAAAGGGAAUGUCACAUGCCUCAAACAUCCACAGCUGAAGCGGCACGUAGAAGCUGCCAUCAGCAUCAGUGUGGAUGCCAUCAAAGCAAGGUUUGGUGGUUUGGUGAAGAAUGAGGGGAUCCAGACCAUACUGGAUUCUUUCAGAGUGCUCAACCCUGACACAUGGCCAGAGGAACAAGCUAACCUACUUACCUUUGGAGAUGACAGCAUAGCAGACCUGGUGAAGCAUUUUGAAAAGCCUCUAACAGAAGCAGGGUGCAAAAUUGCUACAAUCCAGGAUGAAUGGCAAGGGCUCAAAAUCCUAGUGAGCCAGAACUUCAGGGACAAAACCUACUCUGGCUUACGGGAGAUGCUGCUGACAAAGGACCCCUACAAGCAAGACUACAAAAACAUACUAGAGUUGGUGCAGAUUCGCUGUGCCAUGAUGUGUGACAGAGACCUGAUGAGACGCUGCGCCUGGACCCAUUACUGCGGUUAG